CUUGGUUUGAUGGAAGAGUCAAUAUAAUUAAAGGGCCAAGCCCAUUUGAUACCACAGUUAUAGUUAGAAGUUUUCCGAGAUUCUGUUUCUGGCGCACUAGAGGAAGAGACAACAAGUUCGAGAGAGAGAGAGAAUUAGAGAAGAUGUUACGUGCAGUUGCUGGGCAGGUCUCCGGUACCGGAGACUUGCGGUACAAUCGCACGCCGCCCAAAAUGACUCGUGGUGCAAAGAUGAGCUCAACGAGGUCCAAUUGCUCUACGCAAGCUCCUACACCUUCCUUGGGCCGAACUAAUACUCGCAGUGCGCGUGGGUCAGGGCAAACAAAGUACAACUACUUCGAUUUCACCACGUGCAUUGUACAACGAACUAGAUAGAAGUAGAAUAACUAUGUAUAACAAUAUGCUGACGGUCGUUUAGUAAGUUACACGUACUCACAGUCACACACACUCCCACACCGUCGAUCACACUCACUCCAGUUACACGCACUCGCCACGCAGUGUCCAGCCAUCCCCACGGUCGGCUGGGACGCCGCGAAGCGUGCAGCCUUCGCCUCGCUCUGCGACAACGCCGCGCUCAGCGACGCCAAGAUCUGGCUCUGGCACACCAGGAAUGAGAGCUCUGAUGCCGGAUGAGCUAGUUUCUCACCUCCUUACACUGGAACGAGAGCGUCGUCUUGGAGAGGCAAAGCAUCAGCGCGAGAUUCAAGAGCUGAAAACACAGGAGCUCGAGAGGCACCGGGAUUUACAUCGCGCGCAACGCGAGCUUGAUUUAUGAUAAAGUUUGCCGCAAGCGCAACCAAUGCGGUUGUUCUUCUUCUCCUCGCUCGCCUAAGUACUUCCAUUCUGAUAGAUUGCAUCUCACGAAGGUCCCCUCAUGUCUUUCCAUAUCCUACCACUUACGUCCUUUCUCUUCAUAGAAUCGAGAAAUAACGAACACAACGCGGGAGGUGCGGAAGGAAGAUGCCCAUGCGAACAAAAUUUCGCAUGAUCUGGAGACGUUGGAGCGUGUAAAGGAAAGCCGAGUACCCCUCAAGCAAAAGCUGGAGCAAAGGUUUGACCGUGAGCUAGCCGACCUCACCAAAAAACAUGAACGAACGGAGCAGAACUAUGCAAAUCAGGCCGCAAAAGUGGGCGAGCUAAAAGUUAGGGCAUAAAUGCACAUUCCAUCUAGAAAAUAUGUCAUUCUCCUUCUCCUCCUUAUUUGUGUUGUGUAACCUCUGGUCGUCCUAUCGAUUACCCUCUAAGAAUCGUCGUCUGAAGUAUCUGCAGUACUGCCGCAAGAAGCUGAACCAGGGUGUCAUCUUGGAUCCGAAGGCUGUGAAAAUGGAUGGUCCGUUCAGUAGUGCAGGUGAUAUCGGCGAUGAGGACGAGCAGGAGCAGGCGAGCGAGCUCGCAAAAACGGCGAGUCUCCGAAAGGAGAACACGGAACUGAAAUUGAAGAUUGUUCAGCUGAAGCAGCACAUCGCUGCCCUAGAAGCGGAGCUGCGCAAGUACAGAACUCACGCUGCUGCGGCGUCCUCGUCCAGCCGUAGGGCCUCUGCAUCGCCUCAGGCAGGAUUCAGCCAAGUAUCGGCAUCGAGCGAACCUCUGCUUCCGCGAGGGACGAUUUUCUCACAGAAAAGCAGCAUUCGAUCUUCACUAGGCGCCGCAAAACCAGCAAUGAAUCUGGCAACACCGACAGAGGAAAGUUUAGAAGCAGGCAAUGGCGAGGAAAGGAAAAUCAACUCCGCUACAGACGAGAAGGCCUCGAACGCGUCAUCGCAGUCUCAUCUGGUUUUCUACCUUUAUUUCAAUACACCGUUGCUGAUUUUAUUGAACAUGAUCAAACUGAGAUGAUUUCUUAUUCUUAUGAAUGUUGGAUUCAUUGGGAGACAAUUCCUUCUCUUUGAUCUCUUUCUGCACCAAGCUGGGUAAAUAAUUUUUGAACUGCUACGAGUACGAUUCCACACAUCAGCAGCAGGUUGCCACGUCAGAAAAUGUGGAUGUACGUGAUGAGGAGCAGAUGCGUUUAGAUCAGAUUCGGCUCCGUUCAACUGCGCCUCCGAAUCUGUGUCGUGGCCUGACACCUAACAGGGAAACGGCAAGUACGCCGCUAGUUUCCGCAUUGUCGCGAGCACCCGCGUCUCCUUCGACGAUCCUUCCGCCAGCGGAGCGCAUUGUCGAGCGAUUACGCGCAGCCUCGCCUCCGAAACAGUAUCAAGCAGUAUGCCCCACGACGAGCGGCACAACACCCGUUGUUGUGCGCAAGGAAGUGUACGUGGUAACGCCAUCACCGACUAGUACUCAAAAUUCGAAUACGGUUGCUCAGCCAGCUCGAACAAGCUCGUCGUCACCGGCGACGAUCACCCGUAAGACUGCGCCAGCGAGAAUCGACGUUUCAGAGCCACGCCGAUACUCCACUGGUGAGAAGAUUUUUGCAGAUGAUGCCAUUGGUUGUGACCCUUCUACUUUCUUGCUUUUUUGAACUAACUUUCAGUCUAGAGAGAGGGACAUCAAAAAAAAAAUCUAUCUGCCAUAAUGUUUUGUCAUGUCCUCCACGACAACUUUGAUCAAUGUUGAUCCCCACAGAACAAGUUACGAAAAGCCCGGCUGAGAGUCGGGAGAUGUCGUUGAUUCACGACCGACAGACGAUCGCUCCAGCCAACAUGAUUGGGCGGGUGACACCGCACCAGACUCGUGCGUCCUCUGCUGGUCGACAGACGAUGCAGCUUGUGACGGAUCCGGCACCGGCACGGCCUCCCGUAGUCACGCACACGACUCGUGUCGUUAGCACUACAUCUUCCGCACGACCCUCAGCGCCUGUUUCGGUUGUCCAUUCUCCCAAUGCGCAGCCCCGCGUGACCGCUUCAGCACCACGAGAUACAGCAGCGCCUUCUGGUACAACAACCUACUACUCGGUUGGUAGUGCGCCAUCCAAUAGUGUCGACGUUGUAUCGCGAUCGCCUUCGACAACUGCACCUCAACUCGCGCAACAAGCACCGUCACGCGCUGCCGUGCACUCGCCGACGCCGCGAACAACGGAGAACCGCCGUGCGUCCGCGUCGUCAGCAGAAGACAGCACGGUCUUGCCAGUAAUGAUGACAAAGUCCGAAUAUGAAGAGUGGCACAAAUGCCGUCCUUGGCAUACAUACCCAGGGCUAAGCAACGGGACAAAAAGUACAAUCAAAUACCAAUAUACUUCAUCUGUUGUCCUCUGCUGUGAUUUUGUUUUCAGCUUGAUAUUUCACUUGAUAAAUACUUACUAUCUAUUCAUAACUGACGCCUGGCGUUUUUUUGGAACAUGUAUUUAUAAGAAUAUCAUUCAAAUUCAAACUGUCUCAGCCGCCCCGCUUGUGAAGCAAAGAACCACAGCGCCACUGUUGAUGCCGCCACCGUCACAGGUGAUCGCACAAGGGUUGGAAGACCCGACCCCAAGCGCAGCUCCUCCGAGAGCGACCUUGCUCUUACCAAGAAACACAGUCGCAGCUAGGCCGCUAGCGAGUACUUCUAAAAUAGCUUUCCCCGACGGGACUUUGGACAAGCUCACCGACUCUGUGUGUGGUUCAUAGCGUCGUCGGAAUAGCGUUUGCUUGAAGUAGUUAUCUUCUGCAUGGCUGGUGUUGUACUUGUUUCAAAUUGGAAGCCUCUAGCAACCAUACCACAACGAACAAGGUACGACCACGUACAGUGCGGUAGUUGUGAGCCCUCGUUGUAUUCCGCAAGUUUCGCAAGUAUCAAGACAAGCUAGCCCGCGACCGAGUGAGCAGUCGCUGCACCCUCCUUCAAAAACCACUGUUGUGGCCAGUCCUCGCCUCGAAGAGAAGCAACCCGUACUACACUUCUAUUACGGCCUAGAACCCCUUUCUCUUUUUCUACUCGUCUUUGAGGAUCCGUCUCUACUGUCUUUCAUGUUUUGCAAGAACAUCUUCAUCUUGACCUGUCAGCCCUCCCUUGCUACGUUUUGUUAGCUACUGUUGCCACAAACAUUAACAUAUUUACUUCAACACAGCUGCAAGGCGUAUGGAAGUCCUCCAGGGUAAUCUCCGAGCGUGUUGCUUCACGUUCGCCGGUUCCGGAGGCUCGUCGUGUGCUCAGCGAGCGUGUCGUCAGUAGCACGAACCUUCCAACUAGAGUUUUGCCUCCGGGCUCCUCUUCUCCGGCUCCGCGUGCAUCUGGGGCAUCUUCUGCCAGUAAUCGAUUUUGACAUGAUGCUAGAAGAUGGAGUUGAUUGAGGAAAUACAAAUAGACAAAACGGUUUCAUUCGGGUGCUAGGUUUGAUGCACGAUCAGGCGAAACUUGAUGUAUUAUAGCCGUUGUUUAUUCCUUACUACUGAAACUCAAUAGGUAUUUCUUCUGCCGUUAGUCGAAGCGGUUGUGUUGAGCAGCCGCGAGCGCAACCGGCUAAAACCGCGCCGCCAGUUCUUCCUGCCAAGAAGCGCUCUCUGUUGAAUUACCCAUUCGAUUUUUCGAUCUGCCCUGUCGACGGAGAUGAGAAAAAGGAGCAGUACCUCUUGCUUCUUGUUCUGGCUUGUGUAGUCCGCCUAGCAAAAUCAGGUUUAGCCGUUCUCGUUCGCUGGUAUUUUGUUUCAAAGGUGUCAGCGUUACCAAUGUUCAUGUCGAGAAGUGUAAGCCGUUGUCGUUCAAGAUGGAAAAUCCUGUUAUCUUUCUGUUUCUUCAUCGAACGUCUCUCAUUCUAGGCCGCGUCCCUCCUCGCCUCCUGCGGCGGACAGUUCGGCAGGAGAAGCAGUUUCGGUCCAAGAUGUUGCGAAUAGCUCCCCAAGCCUAGGCGAGCAGGAUAUUUCUCAUUUAGUUCGCUCAGUGUCAGACGUUACUGCGCAGAUGGUAGAAAGUGCAGUGCGUGACGCCUUAAGUCGCCAGAAGUCUUCGCGCUCGACGACCCAGAUUUCACUAGCAAAAAUCGAUGAGCACCGCGCUGGUGAUGCUGAGUUUCCUCUGCCGACAGGCAAGCCUUCGCUGGCGCAAGUUACCGAACACCCCGACGAAGACGGUGGCGAAGGCGCAGGAGCGACUGACGCAGGGACUGCCGCCGGUCUCGAUGAUGCGGUAGAAGCAGAUGGAGAAGGCACAUCAAAAUCGGUCGGUGUCGGUGGUGGAGAUAAUAAGCUGCGAUCACUGGUGAAUAAAGUUACAGCGAAAGCGCUUCGCGAAUACCGAGUAAACCACCGAGUCACACUGCGGGGAUCACUACCACAGAUGCUGUGCCGACCGACGCUCCGCGAUCCGCAAUCGCGCGAGACAUCCGCGAGUCCCGAUGUCUUUCGCGGAGACUCGAUCUCGCAGUUCUCGCCAGGAAAACGGAUGUAAAAACCAUAUCUGUAAUGAACACACAAGGUACAACAACAGAUAUCCGACAUGCUGUUGUUGAAGCUUGUAGUUCGAUGAGUCGAUUGAUCAUUACAUCGACAAUCAGCAUUAUUGCCGUUGCUAUUUAUUUUGAAUCAGCCGGCUCUCGUUGUAUUAAAUCUCAAAUAUCCACAGCCUUCGUUGCUUAUAAGUAGCGACAGCGAUCAAACGAAAAAAACUUUUAGAUUCAUCACCUCGCCCGUCCUCGUAAAGUUUUGCUGUUUACUUACAAUCCGCAUGCGGAUCGAUGAAGAUUCAGGAGUUCCCGGAUCUUACACGCUAAGAAUGAACGCCUUCGCCUAAAGCUAGCCAGUGUAUUCGCCUAAAUUCUUUCCCUCUAUGUAUCAGUUAUCAUGAUUACUUAGAAGAUCGCAACAGUUUCGGUCAUGAUGUCCAAUUGAAGCUUUUUCAAGUGCAUAGAGAGGCUGGUCAAGUUAUGUGAAUCAGAAAAAAAUUAUAAAGACGGCCUCUAGAAGUAGAAUUCAAAUGUAGUUUGUUGUGAGGACCCGAUAUUUUCGAUAAUCGAUCCAUGCUUUUCAACUUAAGUACUUGUUCUGAGUCAUCGCGCGUACCAACUUUGUUACGACCACGUUACUUUUUGCUCCAACCACGACUCCGCUCGGUUCUCAACACUUGCAGGGUCGUCCUCCACGACUAUUAAUGUUCACUCCAUCGAUUGGUUGAGUAUCGAUUUUUUUCAUUGGUUGCAAUUUUUGGGGCGGACACUGGAAGUUGAGAUAUUGCUGCUACAGCUUUUACGACACACAUACUACAUGACUGAUCCUUUCCACGAUUUUUAUAGACGAGGAAGAAUCAGUAUCUACUACUUCUAAGAGGUAAUAAAUAAAGAAUCGAAAUAUAUUAUAAUCUUGUGAGAAGUUGUCCUUGCGAAUAAUGCCUAUGAUAGAUUCCAUAAAUCGACUUCGCCGCUCACCAUCAAAGAGCGAAGUCCCACUCUCAUCGCUACGCAUACCCACCCUUGAAUAAGUACUUCUUGUUCAUGUAUCUACUUCUUCGGACAAAAGUCCAUGUAUUAGCAUGAUUUCUUUUCUUGUGCCGACGCUUCUUAAUUCUCGACAUUCAGUCGUGCGAUGUUAUUUUCACUUCCUUGACCUUGCCGUUGCCCUUACCAAGUAAAUUACUGCUUCGCCCACGGCCCUUGACAUAACGCUAACGUCGGAGGCUAAUUCAUGCGGUGCAGAUUCGAACGGUUAUGUCCCUGCAUGAAAGGGCUCCGUUGUAAUAACCGAACCGCAAUUUUUCUUUGAACUUGUUAUAUCGUGAACGUUCUAAAAUAAAUUAGGGAGCCGGUGAGGACGCAACAGUGGAAUAAUCAAUCAUUCUAGUUUUGAUGUUUUUUGGUAUGUUGCAGUUCGGAAAAGAACAGGAAGCAAUGUGUACUGGUUGUAUCGAUUGUGUUAAAUAAAAACAAGAAAUUGUAAGCGGCGAAACCUGCAAUCGAAUUCGUUGCAACUACAAGAAGAAUCGCCCCUGCAAAAUUAUUUUUGAGACUAAGAAAGUUCGUGCGUGAUUAUUAUACGACAACUUCCUAAAAAAUGUACCUGAGGCUGGCUGAAGGCUGCUAAUAGUUGUUACCCACUGCUACCUCUGAAAUAUGCAUAAGCUAGCAUGAACAUUAGAUUUGAUGGUAUGGGUGAGGGGAAACGAUAAUGGUAUAUGUUGUAUCUGUGUCGUGCGAUAGUUCGUGCUUAUAGUGACGAGGGGUCUGUCAUUACAACAUGUUGUCGGGCGUUUCAACAAAAAGAAGUUUCCGAUCCAGCCAGAAGAAUGUUCCUCCCCGAGGCAUUGUGGCGACGGAGCCGCGCUCCUCCACACCGUUGGCUUCAAAGUUAAAUGUAUUCCUUUGAACUUGUGUAAUAACAGCAAGGAGAUCUUCAUAUGAACAAUAUGAAUGUGGUAGUUUGGGUUGUAUGUGCUGUAUCGCUGGUUGUAUUAAUAAUGCCGACACCGUCGAUACAUAUAGGGAUCACGUCAAUUAUGAACCGUAUCGUAGGAGUUCCUGCUGGAGGCUUCCAGGAGCAAAGAUUCCUGGCAUGUUUUUAUGUUCUCUCGUUCCUGUGGUAAGACACCAGAGCAGUCUUCAGUCCUCUAACUUCUAGUCCUCAUCGAGUAUUAACUUCUUGAGUAUGUGAAGAAUUGGAGAUCAUGCUGAAAAUUUGUCGGUCCAUUAUCAAAGUUCUCCAGAAUUGAGGAAUCUUAUAGCCGUAGUCUCCCCUGAAGCCUCGUUCAACUGGUCUGUGGGCAGCGGGGACGAAUGAAAUUGUGAGCAGCAAGUAGCCGCACGAUGUUAAUGAGGAAAGAUCAUCAAGAAGCAUUUGAGUACUUAAACCGUCGUUUAGAUUUGAUUGAUCCCGUGAUGUCAGUAUCUAGUAGAAGCGCUUGAAGAGCAGAAAUGACUAUUCUUGAGCCAUUGCUGGUUAUGGUGGUCACUCACGAGAAGUAGUCUUGGUUCUUAUAUAUACGUCUGAACCCCAAGGGCCUACACAUCACCGCUCCUCUUCACUUGUUAGGCCUUCCCGUUUUACUUUUAGUCCCCAAAAAAUAAUUGCGAAGACCGAAAACGCGCUAGUCUUGUUGGUUAUCUUCAAAUUAUCCACUUCCACUAUUGCUUUUCCUUGAACCGCUGUUGCCACAUGAUCACUACUUCUGUUUUACGUUUUUAUUUCAGCAGAGAUCGAUUUUCUCUCAUGGGGGUC